AUGCCGCUUUUCGGUAAAGAGAAAAAAACGCGCAAAAACGGCGGCGGCGGAGGCGGCGGGGGGGCGAAAGAGUGCGAUCGCGCGAUGCUCGAAGAAAAGUACCACCUGAAGGAGAUGCUGGGCACGGGCGCCUUCUCCGAGGUGCGGCUCGCAGAGAGCAAAGAGAAACCGGGCCAGCUCUACGCCGUCAAGAUAAUCGAUAAGAAGGCGCUCAAGGGCAAAGAAGACUCGCUGGAGAACGAGAUCAUGAUCCUGCGCAAGCUCAAGCAUCCCAACAUCGUGCAGCUGCUCGAAACGUUCGAGGACAAGAACAAGGUCUAUCUGAUCAUGGAACUGGUGACCGGCGGCGAACUGUUCGACCGGAUCGUCGAGAAAGGUUCAUAUACGGAGAAAGACGCUGCCCACUUGAUACGGCAGGUGCUCGAGGCGGUCGACUACAUGCACCAGCAGGGCGUGGUCCAUCGCGACCUCAAACCGGAGAACCUGCUCUACUACAGUCCGGAUCGCGACAGCAAGAUCAUGAUCAGCGACUUCGGCCUGUCCAAGAUGGAGGACGGAGGUAUAAUGGCGACCGCUUGCGGCACCCCCGGCUACGUGGCGCCCGAGGUGCUCGCGCAGAAGCCCUACGGCAAGGCGAUCGAUGUGUGGAGCAUCGGCGUCAUCUCGUACAUCCUGCUGUGCGGCUAUCCGCCGUUUUACGACGAGAACGACGUCAACCUGUUCGCGCAAAUACUCAAGGGCGAGUUCGAGUUCGACUCGCCCUACUGGGACGAGAUCAGCGACUCGGCCAAGGACUUUAUUCGGAACCUGAUCUGCGUCAACGUCGACAAACGGUACACCUGCAAGAGGGCGCUCGCGCAUCCGUGGAUCUCGGGCAACGAAGCGAGCAGCAAAAACAUCCACGGCACCGUCUCCGAGCAGCUGAAAAAGAACUUCGCCAAGUCGCGGUGGCGGCAGGCGUACCACGCAACCGCAGUCAUCAGGCAAAUGCAGCGGAUGGCGUUGAGCAGCGGGGGCGGAGGCGGAGGUGGCGGACAGAAGAGCCCGUCGCCGCAGCCGAACGCGUCGGGAUCUUCGUCGGGACCGGGCAGCGCCGAACAGUCGAGAGGAAGCAGCGCGUCUUCUUCGGGACAUCAGUGAGCGACGGCGACCGCCCUCACCCCCCUCCAAUUUUGAGGGCCAACGCAAAAAAAAAAAAAAAAACGAAAUAUUCUCUCUCUUCUUUCUCUCUGUCCGGGACUGUGUGCGGCCGAGUUUCCGACCCCGCCCCCCCUUUUAGAAUGGAUUUAUCUGUUUUUUUUUCUCUUUGCGAAACAUACGUUUAAUCGCCACCAUUUCGGCAAAUUUCUACAAUCUGACUACGCAAUUUUUAAUUAUCCUUAAAAAAUGACAAUAAUUGUCAAGCGCGAUCUUUCUAAAAAUUUCGUAGCAGUUGCGACCUUGAAAAAAGUCGCCCAUUCAGUCUGAAUAACGGAACCUCACUAACCAAAGAAUAAUUAUACCCAAUACCCAAAGAAUAAUUAUUUCGAAAGUCCAUGUAUCUUCAGACCGCGAUACUUAAGGGUUUGGAUAUUAAUUACCGGGGUUAAUUAAAUUAAUAGUUCCUAUUAUUAAUUGAAUUAAUGCGCAAGUCCGCUCUAGCUAAUUUGAGAUGCUGCAAAUUGAAAAAACAAUAUCGAAUUUAUUCUACACGUGUUUAACUCAUAACUGGCCGCAGAACCGCAUUGCAUUUGCAUUUCGAACGUUUGAAUACCGGCAUUAUCCGCCGCAAUACAAAGCCAAGAGCCGCUAAAAUUUAUAUCAUGUAUUAUGUUUAAAUUAAUGCCAUUGAUUCUUUAAGGGUUAAACGAGAUCAAAGUUAUAAACAAAAUAAUAAUAUACGUUUAUUCCUAUAAAACAAACAAUUCAAACAAUUAUUCGGUCAAAAAAGUACUUAAUUUGAAAAGUACAUUUCUAAUCUUUUUUUUUAUGUGGUAGUCCUUAAAACAUUUUCCCAACACAUAGAGGAAUUUCACAAUAUCCGCACAUAAAGCAAGUUCCUCUCCUUAUGCCGUGAAUUUUGCAAAAUUUGCACCGUUUCUGUGGAAAAAAAUUUUUCCCGAACUUUUAAGUUUUACAAGCCUGCUUGCUAGCAACUUCUAGUAAAUAAGAGGUAAAUAUGCCGGGUUCGAUUUCUUGUAUAUCACAAAUGAAUUAAAUAAUGCGCAUUUCAACAUAAACAUAAAAGCCUUUUUCGUCCAUUUGAGACUUUUUCUUAUAAUAAGAUUAUAACGACACGGUUUAUAUACCUAUUGUAAUGUAUAAUACUUACUGUUUUUUUCAUAAUUUCACCAGUUUUACAUGAAUUAAAUUUUUUUUUUUUUCGGAAAACAUGAUGGCCUCUUUUUAACUUAUUUUUUUUUUAUAUCUUGAGGUAACCCACGAUUUUCUCUACUUGUACCACAUAUUCUUUUCUUCCUGGAAAGCAAAUGCUCUGCUAAUUCAACACUAUUAUAAUAGUUACCCAUGUAAAAGAUUUUGCAACUUUUGUCCACUUCCGUUGUGGAAUUUAAAGUUCGUUAUGUCGGCACUUUGCGAUUCGCAUAACAUUCUGACAAGCAUACCAUACUUAAUUAUCUUGCCUGGAUUGUAGACUCGAAAACUUAAACGACCUCUGUGGGGUAUCGUUGUCUCAUCCAAUGAAAGAUUUUUGUUUGGGUUUAUAAACUGUGCCAAAUUUAUUUGAAAGAUAUUCUGUUAUUAGUUCAAUUUUGAAGAGCCGAUCUGCGUUUUCUGGCGUUUCAUCAUUAUUACAAAAAUGUAAUGAUUGCAAUAUUUGUCCAAACUUAUUUCGAGGCAUAACUUUGCCAAAAAAUCGCGGUUCAAUAUGUAGAUCAGUAGACCACACUAGUUUUUCUUACCUGCCCCGUUAAAAUAUUCAAACCAAGAAACUUCUUCAUUUCGGCUAUUGUUGUAUCUGUCCAUUGUUUAAUCUUUUUCACGGAUUUAUAUCUGUGAAUAUUUUGCAUAUGAUACCUGUUUGUUUCCUUUACUAAUAAUUUAAAAAAAUCAUGGCCAUUAAACAAAUCCACUGUAUCUUGUAUAUUUUCUGGAUUUUUUUGGAAACACUUUAACACCAUCAUUUCCCAAAAUUUUAGGACCAGUGUGUAGUUGUUUCAUUGCUAAUAUUAUUCCAUUCAAAAUCGUCUUAUUCCAUUAUAAAGCAGGUUAAAUAAUAAAUUAAUCUAUAUUUAAAAACUGAUAAAAAAAAUACUCAAAAUAAAUCCGCUGUUGGCACAAAGUUAUUCUGUACUAGUACGUCGGCGGCUACUGGAUUUUAAAUAAAAAAUAACGUGUUAUUACGUCAGCGGCUACUGAAGUUCGGACAAAAAAUGACCUAUUACUACGUCAGCGGCCAGUAAUGAGUUAAAACACUUCGAAAAACAUAAUUUAUGCAAUUAAAAAGAUUCCGAUGUGGUAAUAAAUUCAGACCUUUAAAACUUUCAUUUUCAGUCAUGUCUUAU